AAGAACAUUCGAUCAAAAUAAUAAUAAUAUGUUCUUUUUGAGGGUCUUAUCUGUUCCCAUAAAAUCCAGUCAAACGGGUCAAACAUUGCCACGUCAGAAAAGACAGCACGUUUUGUUAUGACAUGGGCCCAUUGCUCAUCGGCUCUUUCAGCCAUUCCGUGUGCGCAUAGUUGUAGACUUCGCAUUCACACUCUCUCUCUCUAAACCGCCGUGGAUCGAUCCCCACAGUCCUCCCAAAUUAUUAUAUAUAUAUAUAUAUAACCGUCGCCGAUCAUGGAUCCCGCCGGCAUUGGACCAUCCAAGACUACUGGAAUUGGCUGAUCAAUUAUACAUAUCUAUGGAUUACAACGCACUUUCAAAUUUCGAUUUUCCGGGAACGUCCGGCGGUGUCGCGGCGGCGGAGGAGCAGGUGAUGUUGGCUGAAAGUCGGCCGAAGAAACGCGCGGGGAGGAAGAAGUUCAAGGAGACUCGCCACCCGGUGUACCGCGGCGUGCGGCGGAGGGACGCCAACAAGUGGGUGUGCGAGCUCCGGGAGCCCACCAAGCAGAAGAGGGUCUGGCUGGGGACCUACCCUACCCCGGAGAUGGCGGCGCGUGCGCACGACGUGGCGGCGUUGGCGCUCAGGGGGCAGAUGGCCUGCUUGAAUUUCGCGGACUCAAUGUGGCGGCUGCCGGUCCCGGCCUCCACGGAGGCCAAGGACCUCCGGAAGGCGGCGGUGGAGGCGGCGAAGGCGUUUGGUCCGGGAGCUGGGGAGGAAGCUUGUGAGGGUCGAGAGGCGGCGGAGGCAGAGAAUUCGGAAUCGCAGGAAAUGUACGAUGGAAGUUUGUACGGAGAUUUUGGUGUUGGGGCACUGGCGGAGGCGGCGCUGCUGUCGCCGCCGCCGUGUGUAGGUUGGAAGUUCAGUUGGGAUGAUGAAGAAAGCGACGCCGAAGUGCAACUUUGGAGUUUCUGAUUAUUAAUUUAUGAUACUUUUAUUUAUAUACGUAUAGAUGACUGACGACUCAUCAUUUUUCGGCGAAAAAUAAGUACUUUUUACCACGUAUACUGUAAUGUUUUCUUUUUUCA